GCUACCGCUACUUUAAAAACAAGAUGGCGGCAACGGUAGGCGCGUGAGUGUGCGAAGCACGCCUUCUGUGUUUUCAGCGUGUCUUACGAAAAUGUUGUCGAGGCAGUUCAUUUCUGAUCCCCGAAAGUAUUCGCACAUUCUACGAGCACUCGCCGGUGCGCGCACAGCUAGGAACAGCUGUUUGAAGCAGCCAGGUUGCCGACGCUAUGGUGGCGGGUCGCACGGCGAUGGCAACAAGUCGGUCGUACACAAGCAGAUCACAAUGGAUGAUUUACCCGGGUUCAUCGGACCAUGGCAGGAGAAGUUCGCGGAGACGCAGCAGAGGUUCAACCGGCGACUAUUCGUAGGAAUCGCGUUUUUUACGAGCACGGCCGUGUACGCCUGGUAUUCGGGCGCGCUCGAUUAUGUCGAUGCACCGCCCAUGAAAAACCGGGACGACAAGGAGACUGCCGCCACCGCGAAAACGAAAUCGUUCGGUCUUGGUGGCGCGAAAGUACAACCAGCGUCGUAUACGAAGCUGCCGGAGUCUGUCCCAUAUCUCCUCGUCGGUGCCGGCACGGCGUCUUUCUCCGCUUUCCGAGCGAUCCGCUCCGCCGACCCAACGGCAAAAGUGCUCGUGAUCGGUGAAGAGCCUUACAAGCCGUACAUGAGGCCGCCGCUCUCGAAGGAACUAUGGCUCUCCGAGGACGCGCACAAGACACUCAGCUUCAAGCAGUGGAACGGCCGUGAGCGGAGCAUCUUCUUCGAGCACGAGGACUUCUACUGCCGUCCUGACCAGUUAAUGGAGCGGGAGACUGGAGGCAUCGCGGUCGUAAACAACUGCCGUGUGGCUCGCAUCGACUCCGAGGCGCAGAAGGCGAUCCUGGAGGACGGCCGCGAGAUCCGUUACGGCAAGUGCCUUAUCGCCACCGGCGGCCAGCCCAAGAACCUGCCCGUGUUCGAGAAGCCCGAGUUAGCCGGGAAGGUGGUGCUGUACCGCAACGUGGAUGACUUCAAGGCGUUGGACGAAGCGUCACGCCGCGCCAAGUCGGUGGUGAUCGUUGGCGGAGGCUUCCUGGGCAGUGAACUUGCCUGUGCUCUUGGUAGGCGCGGCACCAAGACGGGUCUCACCGUUUACCAGGUGUUCUCCGAGAAAGGCUGCAUGGGCCGCCUGCUCCCAGAGUACCUGUCUCGCUGGACGACGGAGAAGGUGCGCGCCGAAGGUGUUAAGGUGAUUAGCAGCACGCGCGUUACCGACGCCCGACCAGGCCCGCGCGGUCAAGUGCUGUUAAAGCUUAGUUCCGGCGAAGAGAUCGCCGCCGACCAUGUUGUGGUGGCCGCCGGUUUGGAGCCCAGCACUGAGCUGGCGAAGGCGUCGGGCCUCGAGGUCGACGACCGGAUCGGAGGAUUCAAGGCCAACGCCGAGCUCGAGGCCCGCUCGAACCUAUGGGUUGCGGGUGACGCCCUUUCUUUCUACGACACCAAGCUGGGCCGGCGACGCGUCGAGCACCACGACCAUGCUGUGGUGACGGGCCGGCUCGCUGGAGAGAACAUGACAGGCGCGCGCAAGCCGUACAAGCACCAAUCCAUGUUCUGGUCGGACUUGGGACCCGACGUGGGCUACGAGGCAAUCGGCAUCGUCGAGUCGCACCUGCAGACGGUCGGCGUAUUUGCGCGCGCUACAGAGGAACAGACACAGGAGGCCGCGGAAGCAGCGCCAGUCGCGAGUCCCGUGAGCGCCAAGCGCGACGACUUGCCCCGGGCGCCGGGCGAGAACGACGAUUAUGAGAAGGGAGUCCUGUUCUACCUCCGAGACGAUGGCGUUGUCGUAGGCAUCGUCCUGUGGAAUAUCUUCAACAGGAUGGCGGUGGCGCGCAAGAUCAUAAAUGAGCACAAAGCGUACGAGGACUUCAGUGACCUCGCGAAACUGUUUGACAUUUACAGCGAGGAUUGAAACCUUGCUGUGCAAUCUGGGAGCUCCGGUGUAGUGCCUAGACUGCAUACCAGCAUGGUGUUCAUGCAAGCAGAUUUAUUAUCUAGGUUGUUGUAUUCUUUCUCUUUCAAGCAAGAAGUUGUGCAGCAUAGGAAUGACGUGCAGUGUAGCUAUGCUGAGCUUUUGUUGUUUAUAGCUUAUCGUUUUGCCAAUUUAAUAUUUUGAAUUCAUUGUACAACCAACGUUGCCGUGCUAUAUCAGUACUCAUAAGCAAUUUGGUGGUGUAUGAUUGUGCGUGAAACUAAUUUUGUUGUUUAGUUGUGCACCAAUACUAUGCAGGCAACAUUCCGCACAUUUGAAAUAUCUACUAUGGUUUUAGUUUUGUGACCCUUGACCUGCAUGAAUAGAAAAAAUGUGCCACAGUCAUGCACUUACCAUUACAUCUGUUGUGCUUAGCCCGGUGGGAGGCAGAGGGCGUACAAGUCAUUGCCAGUCCAAGCCAUGAUCAGCGAAUUGAGGGAACAGAACAUUUGCAGAGCUUAUCAGUUUUCUUACUUUGGCUAAGUCGCAUUUUGUUAUACUGUUCUUUCAUUUGAGAAUUUGGCACACAGACCUGCUUGUAUAAGUAUGCAUUGCUGUACAGUUAAGUUUCAAAGACUACACUGUAGGCACGUUGUGAAAAGUAAAUUAAGUACUAAAGAUGC